AUGGAUGGUACCCUCCUGAAAUGGGAGAGAGUAAUAGGUGAUGAUUCCAUGAAAUUUAUUGACAUUGGUGGUGGUGAGUAUUUUCUUCAAAAAAAUGAAGAAAUUUCGGUCGUUUCACCAAUAUUUCGUGAAAUUUCACCGAAAACAACAAAUCGCGAACGAAAAAAUCAUAUUUUGGCGACAAUUCAACGUAUUAUCGAUAAAAAAGAAGAAUUCGUAAAAGCUGAUGAGCUUUUAAUGCAUAAAGAAUAUCAUUUUAGUUUUGAAAAAUUACGAAGAAGAAAAAAACGUUUGGUGCGAGCUAAUAAUAAUUUUACACAAGAAUCAAAGGUAACUGAAGAGAACAACAUUAAUCAGUAUGGAAAUGCUCCUUUUUUGAUGGAAAUAGAUUCAAAAAUUAAAAAAGAAUGUGAAAAAAUCGCUAAAGAAAUUUUAGCAGAAAUCGAAAAUUCAGAAAAGAAACGCAAGAUUUUGGAAUUUAAGGAACGAAUUAAAAAUUUUAGAACAGUCGGAUGUGGACUUAUCAAGCUGAAAAAAGCAAAAAUGAACAAGAAUAGCAAAAGCAAUGGAAGAGAAAUUGACCAGAAUUAUCGAACAUGGAACAAAAAAGUGAUUUUCUGUUAUGCUAUUCGGUUAUGUUCUGUUAUGACUGCUGUUAGACCGGAAAUCCAAAAUGCUUCAGCUUGUCUUUAUGGGAACAACAAGUCAGUUGGCACUUUAUCUGCAGUUCUGCAGUCCAGUAUCAUAGAUUUUUCAUCAAAUUUUUGCAAUAGAGAAAAUUUGCCAUGCAUGCAAUAUGUUAAUGCGAGCCAAUUUAUAUCAGAGAAUCAUGGUAAUCCGGAAAGAAUACUUGCAAAUACAGGGAGUUCUGCAUUCUGCGGAAAUGUCAAUUCAUCUAUUGAACCAAAUUCUUUGAAGGAAAUUGCAUCACAUUAUACAACUGAUAAUAUUGCUGAUGAGACAUUUAAUACAACAUCAUCGCAUGAUAUUUCUUCUCAACCGGAAGCUUUCAGUAAAUAUAGUAAAUUUGUGAAUAGAGUCAAUUUGUGCUCUGCAGCUAAUGAUAACCUCGAAAAUACGGCAAACAUAUCUCGUAAAUCUUAUGAUCUAAUUAGUCUGUAA